GAAUUAUAUCUUCAUCGCUGCAAUGGAGCAAGCAAUGAAAUAUUAGGUCUUCACACUGUUAAGCUCUUAUUCACAUUAUUUUUUAUAAAACUUACAUGAAUUUUCAAACUGUCAAGUACGUGGUAGUAUUGAGAGUCAUAUCCUUGUAUCACAGAUUCAAAGCUGACAGUAGUAGUUUAUAGAAAUUGAAGAUCUGCAAUGGUAGUGUUAAGGAUUAAAUGUAGUUUUUAAUUUAUUUACACAAACUAUACACAUUUUAUAACUAAAAUGGGCACGCAAAAACCUGGUGAAUGGGCCAACUCGUUGAUUGCUCGAUUCGAAGAGCAGCUGCCAUACAAAACGGGUGCUCAGAACUUGCACUCCCGUAUCAACGAGGAACAAUGCAAGGCGUGCCUCGUCCAGAUCAGCAGGCAUCGCUUCUCGUUAGUCAUCGCCGGCCUCACUAAGAUCCUACAAAGGGUUAAUGAACUGUACCAGCCCUCCAUAGCGAUAUGCGCGAACCGUCCACUCACGGAGCUGGAGAAGGGCUACCACGACAGCCUGGUCAUAGUCCUGGAUACCCUGGAGAUAUGCCUGAGCUCCCAGCCCAAGGACACAGCGAAGUACGAUGAAGCUAUGAAUGUUAAAAUACUGUUGAGAGAAGUCUGUCAGUUUAUAGUAUCAAUAUACUACUACACGGACAUGCGCAAUGAGAGUACAGUUAACAACACCCUGUUAAGACAGUUGGCCAGUAAAGUGCUGUUCGCGUUAAGCCUAAACUUCUUUAACGCUGUGUUCAACAGGAUUAGUGCUAGAUUACAGGAACUUUCGUCUAGCUCGGAAGAGAACCCCGAUUACACAGACAUAGAGCUGAUACAACACAUCAACGUCGAUAUACUCAGGCUUAUACGGCUGCUAACAGAAUCAAUACAGAAAUUUAAGUUACUAAGGAAGUCAGCGCACAUAGUAUUAGUUUCGUCUUUAGAGAAAGCAAUAUGGAAUUGGAUGGACACAUACCCUCAAGAAUUCGCAGAAGUACAAUGCCGGCCUAACGAUGAACUGAGCAAGUGUUGCGACACGUUGUUCGAUAUAUUACAAGACAGUUUCUCUGAUAACAAGAAAUCAAGAGUUGCUAUGUGGCCGCUACAGAUCAUGCUGCUAGUUCUCAACCCUAAAGUUCUAGAAGAGAUAGUGAAUGCCGACAGUGGCGCCCCCUGCAGCCCGCGACACACGAAGAAGAAACAUUUCAUAGAUUCAGUCAAACGGGGACUUAGUCCACAAAACAAUUCGAAACAGAUGACGGAGGCCGCCGUAGUGACUUGCGUGAAACUCUGCAAAGCGUCAACAUACCUCAAUAUAGCUGACUCAGGGAAUGUCACAUUCAUACUCGUCAAGUCCGUGAUCAAUGAUCUGAAGUCGCUGCUGUUCAACCCUUCGAAGUCAUACAUCCGCGGCAGCCUGGUGUCGGGCUACUCGGAGCUGGACCUCAUGACGGACUGCUUCGUCUCGCUGUUCCGCAUCAUGCCGCACAACAACGACGCUCUCAAAGUCUGCCUCAAUCUCAACACGCAUAUAUCUUAUCACUACGUUAUUGUUAAUUCUUUGUUGAGGAUAAUUAAACAGCCCCGGUUGCCGUGGUGGCCUCAGAUCGAGCUGCUUUACCCGAGAGCGGCUGAACUAAGGGCUAUGUUUACUGAUACCUCGAAUAAGGCUACGCAGGGCUACGUGGUCCACACUCCGCUCCGUAUGAUCUCUCUCUCCCUCAAGUCCAAGGAGGUCCAGUCUAAAUUCAACAAGAGUGAAGAAAUGCCGGCCUACAGGAAUCUAUUACUUUGUAUGGUCAAACUCAUACAUUCUGAUCCGAUGCUUAUGUUGAGUAACCCAGGCCGCUCCAGCAUCGAGAUCCAAUCCUCGACCACAGAGUUGAUGAACGGCCUCGUAUCCCUAGUACACCAGACCGGCAUGGGGGAGAUAUCGCAGGCCGCCAUGGACGCUCUGCUGGCGUUGCACAGGCCUCACAGGGUGCACAUGUGGAACCCAGAGGCGCCGCUGAACACCUUCUGGGAUAUAAGCUCGCAGGUCCUAUACAACAUCAGUCAGAAGCUGAUCCAGCGCCAGAUCUGCAACUACCGCGAGGUCCUCAGGUGGUUACGAGACAUCCUGACAUGUCGCAACGAGUUCCUCGCCAAGCACAAGGAGUAUGCCAACGUUGGGUCGCAGAUACCUAUCUGUAAACAGGCGCAUAUUAAAUUGGAGGUCGUAUUCUUCAUGUGCCUCUGGUCUAUAGACACGGACGUGGUGUUGGUGGCCAUGUCCUGUUUCGCUCUGCUCUGCCAAGAGGCGGAUAUCCGGUGCGGCUCUGACGAGAUAACGACGCAAUGUCUGCUGCCCAACUACGCGGUGUUCCAGGAGAUAGCACACACCUCUACCGUGCUAACUACCGGUUCAGCGGCCCUACAGAAGCGUAUAAUGGCUUUGCUCCGGAAGAUUGAACACUGUGUGAACGGUGUCCAACCCGUGUGGGAGGAGACUUUCCGAUGUUGGGACUCCCUCUGCAAGCUACUCCAGAAGUACCCCAAGGGUCAGGGUGACAAGAUGGACGAGUGUCAGAUGGAAGCUCUUCAUCGAGCGGUCGCCAAGAGGCGGGUCUCACACCACACCAGUAGCGAACAUGACUUUGAGAUGCAGAUACAAGAAUGGGCGAAUAUAACGUCGUUCCUGUGCGCGCUCGGCGGCGUCUGCCUACAACGGAGGCCUUCAAAUACUUGGUCACAUUUACAUGGGCAUGAUUCGAGAAAAUACAACGUUUUGGCUAAUAGUUCACAAGAAGUUCAGUAUUGUCCGGUUACACAGUUCAUAGGCCAGCUACUUCGCCUGCUGCUCUGCAGCAACGAGCGCUUCGGCCAACAGAUACAGACUCACGUUAAGGAACUGGUCGGGCAUGAGAUGUCGCCCGCGCUCUAUCCGAUACUGUUCGAUCAGAUCAAGGCUAUUAUAGACAAGUUCUUUGAUCAACAGCAGCAGGUCAUGCUAACGGAGAUUAACACUCAGUUCGUUGAGCACACGAUAUUUAUCAUGAAGAGUAUACUGGACAUCAAGAAGAGCGGCCAACCGAAUGAGCACCUUAGCACCACGUCAAUAGAGACGUUAAUGCUGUCUAUAGUCAGGUACGUGCGACACCUCGACAUGACAGUCCUGUCAGUUCACAUCAAGACGAAGCUCUGUCAAGUUGUGGAAGCCAUGAUGAGGAGGAGAGAUGACCUGGCUUUCAGACAGGAAAUGAAGUUCCGCAAUAAGAUGGUGGAAUACGUGACGGACUGGGUGCUCGGCACCAGCCACCAGAUAGCGCCACCGCUGAGAGCUGAUGCUUCUUCCAUCACCAGAUACCUAGUUUGCUGUCGCGAGCUAGACCAGGCCUGUAUGGAGGCAGUCGCUUCCUUGCUGAAGGGUCUCCCGCUUCAGCCUGAGGAGUCUGACAGGGGAGACCUGAUGGAGGCCAAGAGUCAGCUAUUCCUGAAAUAUUUCACAUUAUUCAUGAACCUGCUGAACGACUGCAACGAGGUGGAGAUGGCCGAGGGUCCUGGGCGGCUGGAGACGCUCCGCAACGCCACCAUACAGGCCAUGUCCAACCUGCUCAGUGCUAACAUAGACUCGGGGUUGAUGCAUAGUAUUGACCUGGGCUACCACCGCGACCUGCAGACCCGGGCUGCCUUCAUGGAGGUCCUCACGAAGAUCCUGCAGCAGGGCACGGAGUUCGACACCCUCGCGGAGACCGUCCUGGCGGACAGGUUCGAGCAGCUCGUCCAGCUGGUCACCAUGAUCUCCGACAAGGGCGAGCUACCAAUAGCGAUGGCCCUCGCCAACGUAGUCAGUACGUCACAGAUGGAUGAGCUGGCGCGAGUGUUUGUCACUCUGUUUGAUGCCAAGCAUCUACUCGCACCUCUACUGUGGAACAUAUUCUAUAGGGAGGUUGAGGUAUCAGACUGCAUGCAGACCCUCUUCCGCGGCAACUCUCUGGGCAGCAAGAUCAUGGCGUUCUGCUUCAAGAUCUACGGCUACGGCUACCUCCAGAACCUUCUAGAGCCUCUCAUCUCCGCGCUGCUGGACCAGGCUGAUGAGAGGACAGAUAUCAGCUUUGAAGUGGACCCGGCUAGGCUAGACCCAAAUCAAGACAUAGAAAUGAACAGAUCUAACUUGAUAGAUCUGACCAAGGAGGUUUUCGAUCGUAUCGUGAACUCUGCAGAGAAGUUUCCGCCGCAGCUGCGCAGUAUGUGCCACUGUUUGUAUCAGGUGCUGAGCAAGCGUUUCGCGCAGUUCCCGCAGACCAGCGUCGGGGCAGUCGGCACUGUACUGUUCCUCAGGUUCAUCAAUCCUGCUAUAGUGUCCCCACAAGAGAUGGGUAUCGUCUCCCGGCCGGUGCCUCCUCACGUGAAGCGAGGACUCAUGCUCAUGUCCAAGAUCCUGCAGAACAUCGCCAACCACGUGGAGUUCUCCAAGGAACAGCAUAUGUUGCCCUUCAACCACUUCCUGAGGGCACACUUUGAAGCCGGCCGCAAAUUCUUCAUCCAAAUAGCAUCGGACUGCGAAUCGAUUGAUCAAACCUCUCACAACCUGUCGUUCAUAAGCGACGCUAAUGUUGUGGCCUUACACCGGCUGCUGUGGAACCAUCAGGAGAGGAUAGGAGACUACCUGUCCUGCAGCAGGGACCACAAGGCUGUGGGCAGGAGGCCGUUUGAUAAGAUGGCAACACUGCUGGCGUACUUAGGACCCCCGGAACACAAGCCUAUAGAGUCUUUCUCUUCUAGCACGUCAAGUCUUCUGUUCUCUUCUUACGCCCGCUGGUCAUCCAUAGACAUUUCCUCGACGAAUUUCGAAGAGUUUAUAGUGAAACACAACAUGCAUAAAAAGGAGGAAUUUAAGAGUAUCAAGAGUCUGAACAUCUUCUAUCAGGCUGGGACCAGCAAGCUUGGGAACCCUGUCUUCUAUUUUAUUUCUAGAAGAUACAAGAUCGGCGAAGUGAACGCGGACCUGCUCAUCUACCACGUGAUCCUGACACUGAAGCCCUUCUGCCAGCAGCCGUUCGAGCUGAUCGUGGACUUCACGCACACCAACUCUGACAACAGGUUUAGAACGGAUUUCCUGCAGAAAUGGUUCACAGUGUUGCCAGAGGUCGCCUAUAUUAACAUUCACGCGUGCUAUAUAUACAACUGUAACAGCUGGGUGCGGGAGUACACUAAGUUUCAUGAAGCCAUUUUGGCGCCUUUGAGGGGUAACCGCAAGUUGAUCUUCAUAGAGAACCACAGCCGUCUAAGCGAGUACGUCGAUGUGGAACAACAGAAGCUGCCCGGAGCCACUCUGUCGCUAGAGGAGGAUCUGAAAGUCUUCAAUAAUGCGUUGAAACUCUCGCAUAAGGAUACCAAAGUCGCUAUAAAGGUGGGCCCAACAGCUCUCCAAAUAACCUCAGUUGAGAAGACCAAGGUCCUCGGUCUGCCUGUAUUACUAAACGAUGUGUAUUAUGCUUCGGAAAUCGAUGAGGUGUGCCUAGUCGACGACAACCAGUUUUCUCUAUCAAUCAUCAACGAAUCAACACCAUUAAGCUUCAUACACAACGACUGUGAUAACAUCGUGCAGUCAAUCAUACAUAUACGGAACAGAUGGGAGCUCAGUCAGCCGGACUCAGUGACAGUCCACCAGAAGAUUCGCCCUAAGGACGUACCGGGCACCCUCCUGAACAUGGCCCUCCUGAACCUGGGCUCGUGCGACCCGAACCUCCGCACCGCCGCCUACAACCAGCUGUGCGCGCUCACCGCCACCUUCCAUCUGAAGAUCGAGGGACAGCUGCUGGAAACUUCCGGCCUUUGCAUUCCGUCCAACAACACGAUAUUCAUCAAGUCGGUGAGCGAGAAGCUCGCACACAACGAGCCGCAUCUUACACUGGAGUUCUUAGAAGAGUGUAUACAGGGUUUCCGUGGAUCAACGAUUGAGCUGAAGCAUUUGUGUCUGGAGUACAUGACGCCGUGGCUAGCCAACCUAGUGAGAUUUUGCAAACCAUCCGAAGAAUCCCGCCGUCAGAAGCAAGUCGCCCAGAUCCUGGAGAAGCUGAUCACCCUCACCAUCGAGGAGACGGAGAUGUACCCCUCCGUCCAGGCCAAGAUCUGGGGGUCCAUUGGACACGUGCCAGAACUCAUAGACAUGGUCCUGGAUAGCUUCAUACAGAGAAGUGUUAAUUCUGGCCUUGGAUCACCAAUGAUAGAAAUAAUGGCGGACACAGCUGUGGCCCUCGCCUCAGCAAACGUUCAACUCGUAUCAAAGAAGGUCAUAGGACGGAUGUGUAGGGCCCUAUCCAAACUGCCCAAUAAUAUCCUGGGUCCCGUCACCCCGGCCACUGUGGUGGACAAGACUUGCCAUUCUCCGACUGCCAUGUUGGAACAGCACAUGAUGUGGGAUGACAUCGCUAUCCUGGCCAGAUAUCUUCUAAUGCUCUCGUUCAACAACUGCCUGGACGUGGCCCGCCACCUGCCGUACUUGUUCCACACGGUCACGUUCCUCGUGUGUUCGGGCACGGUGUCCAUGCGCGCGGCCACGCACGGGCUCGUCAUCAACAUUAUACACUCGCUGUGUACGUGCACGACGCCCAGCUUCUCAGAGGACACCCAGCGCGUUCUCCGCCUCUCUCUCGAUGAGUUCGCUCUGCCCAAGUUCUACCAGAUGUUCGGCAUCUCGAAGGUCAAGUCGGCCGCCGUCACCGCCUUCAGGAGCCCUUAUAACCGACACGCUAACGAUUGGUACUCUGAACACUCAUACUCUUGCCCGGAAGCGGCCGGUGCGUGUACGGGCGGGUCGCACACGGACCGCGAGCGUCUGCCGCUCCAGUCGCUGGAGAUCAUCACCGACGCUCUGCUAGAGAUCAUGGAGGCAUGCAUGAGGGAUAUACCCGACUGUGAUUGGCUGCAGACUUGGACAUCUCUGGCGAAGAGUUUCGCGUUUUGCUUCAACCCCGCUUUACAGCCUCGGGCGUUGAUCGUAUUUGGAUGUAUUAGCAAGAACAUAACAGAUGAUGAUAUGAAACAACUCCUGCGCAUAUUGGUGAAGGCUCUCGAAUCAUUCAACGAUUUAGCGUUGCUGGAGGCUCUCAUCAUGUCUCUGACUAGAUUACAACCUUUGUUGUACCCGGCCUCACCAAUCCACAAGGCGUUGUUCUGGGUGGCGCUGUCGGUGCUACAGUUGGACGAGCCCACGCUGUACGCGGCCGGACUCGCCUUCAUGGAGCAGAACCUUCAUACCCUGGAGUCGCAGGGACAGUUCCAGACCAAGACAUUGGAACAAGUGAUGAUGGAGACUCGAGAGCCCUUGGAGUGGCACUUCAAGCAAAUGGACCACGCUGUAGGACUGAGUUUCCGCUCGAACUUCCACUUCGCGCUGGUGGGUCACCUGCUGAAGGGCUACCGGCACCCGGCGGCGGGCACGGUGUCGCGCGCCAGCCGCGUGCUGGCGCGCCUGCUGGCGCUGGCCGCCGCCGCCAGCAAGCACCGGGACAAGUUCCACGUCACCAGGGACACUGUCGCCUACCUCACUGCAUUGGUUUGCGUGAGUGAGGAAGUUCGAUCCCGCUGCCACGUGAAACACUCGCUGCCGAAAUGGUUACCGGACAACUGCGACCAUUACUGCCCGGCCGCUGAACAUCAUCAGUCAUCCAUCCUGAUCCAGCCGUCGUCGUCUCACAGUUCGUGUCACAGCCGCCGCCAGAAGUCGUGGGAUGUGCUCGACCAGGUCGCCAUCACCUCCGCGCAUGGUGGCAAGUCCCCUACAAUGCAGUCUGGUAGCGGUGGAUACAGUCCUCACAGCGUCACCAUGACCCAUCAGGAUUCAGAAGGCAGGGCUCAUAGCAUGCAAGCCGGCGCCACGGGUGAGGCGGCCCGGAAUGAGCAGGACGCGGAUAGCGGGUUCGAUGUCCGGAUGGUGGAGGAUGACGGCCGCGGCUCCCCCGGCAGUACGGACGACACGGAGAGGCCCUCGUCCACGAAAUCCGGGGACAGCGACUACCCUGAUACUUCUACUAAGCAAGCAUCAACAGACAAAGACACGAGCAGUCCGGAGAGCAACAGUCUGCUCGACCCGUCAGUUCUGUCCGACUUCACCACGCAAGCGCUCGUGCUCACCGUGCUUGCUACGCUCGUCAAAUAUACCACAGAUGAGGACGAGAUAAGGAUUCUAUAUCAAUACUUAGCGGAGGGAUCCGUUGUGUUCCCGAAAGUGUUCCCAGUUAUACACAGUCUGCUCGACAUGAAGAUCAACCACGUCCUGAUGCACUGUCACGACCAACUCAUAUUGUCAGCAGUACAGAGUAUUAUACAGAAUAUGAUAGCGAGUGAGGAUGCCAGUCAACAACAGCUGCACUACAUGCAGAGCUGCGGUUUCGGAGGGCUGUGGAGGUUCGCCGGACCCUUUACUAAGAACCAGUGCACAGCGGAGAGCAGUGAGUUGUUCGUGAACUGCCUCGAGGCCAUGGUGGAGACCUGCCUGCCCGGGGCCGACGAGGCUCUCCCCCGCGCGCCGCCGCCCGACCCCGACCACCCGGACGUCGGGGACACCAGCAGAUACCCCGGUGUACACCGGCAGGCGACGCUGUACUGCGCCCCGCAGGACACCUAGCAGGAGGAGGAAUAGUAGUACGGAUGCUGCUCCGUAUUGCUAUUCUAAAUGACGAGGAUACUAUAUCACAACAUCCUGUGAAUAAAAAGGAUGGCUUAAAACAAAAAAUAACAAUAUGGUAGCAGUGAGAACCCCAAACAGACGCUUAUAACAUAGUUAAGUAUAAUAUAAGAAUGUAAGAAAAAACCACAGGUUUAUAGAAAAAAGGGUCAAAAGGGCAAUCAAUUUGAAAUAAAAUCUCGUGUGACGUCACUUACCAGUACGCUUGUUACUAGCAAGUGAUG